GGCCAGGGGCGAGGCCGGCCCCGCCCCAGCGCGGCCGCCUUCCGGGGUGUCUUGGCCCGCCCGGCACUCGUAGCCCGUCGCUUUCCCAGGUGACGCACAUUCUCACCGCCGUCGCUCGGUGACACGGGUUCGAGUCCCCGUUCAGCCGGCAUGGCGGACGCGGAGCCGGGGCCGGAGGGUGGCAGCGGGGAUGGCGGCGGCGGCCGGGCUCCUCCGGGCCAGGGCGGCUGCGCGGCGCGCGUGGCCCCGCUGGACCCCGAGCAGCUGCGGCGGGUCCUGGAGCAGGUGACGAAGGCGCAGCCGCCCGCCGAGCCGCUGCCGCCGCCCUUCCUGCUGCAGGACGCGGCGCGGCGGCUGCGGGACGCGGCCCAGCAGGCCGCCCUGCAGCGGGCUCCCGGCGCCGAGCCCCCGCGCCCGCCGCGCCUGCUGCCGCCCCAGCAACUAGAAGCCAUUUGUAUCAAGGUGACAUCUGGAGACACGAAAGGUCAGGAAAGGCCAAUGCCACCACUGGCCACCAUCCAGCCCCAAACAUCAAGACAGAGCCAGUCUCCAGGGAGGAACUCCAGCCUGGUGGAGCUGUGUCUGGCUGGCCCUCAGCUGCUCAGGGGACAGCCCCUCAGAAGGCCCGGGCCACAGCUAUGCUUCCUCAGAAGCUCACCUCGCCCGCCUGCUCCUAGGGUGUUUGUACAGAGGCCCCUGCCUGCUCUUCAGCCAGUCCCUCCAAAGAGAAUCAAGGCCUCCCAGGCUCCAGGUGACCAGGGCGACCAGUUGACCAUUUUGACAGCCUCUCACCUGCCCCCCAGGACAUCUGUUUCUUCCAGUUCACGUUUACUUAUUUCCAGCUUGCACACGAAACGUGCUGAGAAACUAAAAAAAUCUUUCAAGGUACAAACCCGUUCUGGACGGAUAUCUCGACCUCCUAAGUACAAAGCUAGAGACUACAAAUUUAUCAAAACAGAGGAUUUGGCUGACGGUCACCUGUCGGAUUCCGAUGACUAUUCAGAACUGAGCGUAGAAGAAGAGGAAAGCCAGAGGGAGAAACAGGCUCUCUUUGACUUAUCGAGCUGUAGCCUGAGGCCCAAGACCUUUCAGUGUCAGACUUGUGACAAGUCAUACAUAGGAAAGGGAGGAUUGGCCCGGCAUUUUAAACUGAACCCAGGCCACGGCCAGGUGGAGCCUGACACACGGCUGCCUGAGAAGACCGACAAGAGCCUGUUCCUGGGAUGCAUGGAGGCAGGGGCCGGAGGCCUGAUCUCUCCAGAGCAGCCCACACCAGCUGCUCCACCUGAGGAAGGGGCAGAGUCAGCACAGGAUGGGCGGUCUAUAGAAGAGGUGUUGGUACCUGGACCAGAAAAUGGAAGUCACUCAGCUCCUUUGGGAUCAGAGAGGCACCUAGGACCUAGAAGAAGGGUUGACUCAGAGACCCUGGCAGAGUCUGAUGCAGCUGUUCUUCAGAGGAGUGGAGCGGCCCAGCCCUAUGAAGGCCCUGCAGGGACCAUGGGGCAGAGUGCCUCAGGGAGCAGAGCCCUGCUGGAGGAGUGUCUGCAGCGCUGUGACCAGGAGGAUCUGGUGGAGUUGGCCCUGCCUCAGCUGGCUCAGGUUGUGACCGUGUAUGAAUUCCUUCUGAUGAAGGUUGAGAAAGGUCAUCUGGCAAAGCCUUUUUUCCCAGCUGUGUACAAGGAAUUUGAAGAGCUGCAUAGCAUGGUUAAGAAAAUGUGUCAAGAUUACCUCGGUGGUUCUGGUCCGUGCUUGCAGGAGCCCCUGGAAAUAAGCAAUGUGAAGGUUGCUGAGUCAUUAGGAAUCACAGAAGAAUUCCUGAGGAGGAAAGAAAUACACCCAGGCUGCAUUCUACGCAAGCACCCCAGCCAAGAGAUGGAAGGGGAGAAGACAGAGGCAGCCAGCCGCCAGUGGGGGGGAAACGAGGCUGCAGAACAGGGGCUGGCCAUGGCGAAAAGGCCCCGAAGAGACGCUCUGUGCACAGAUGCCCCUGAGUCUCCUGCUGACCACAGUGGAGGCCAGGAGAAGGCCACGCCCUUGAAUGCCCCAGCUGCCAGUGAGGGUUUUGCCCCUCCAGCAAGUGGGAGCGCCCCUCCCUAUUCUGAAGAGAGCCAUGGGAUGGCAGUUUCUGAUAGUGGCAGAAGCAAAUUACACAUGGGCCAGCAGCUUAAAGCCUGUGAUGACUUCAGAGCCAGGAGUGGGUCUGUGGGCUCUGCUCCCCCAUGUGGGGACUCCAGUUGGUCAGCUCUUCAUGCUCAGGUAGAAGAGCCUGGGGGCCUGGCUUCAGCCCAGGUAGCAGCAUUUCCUGAAGAGAAUGAUCCAGAACACUCCGCAGACCAGAACACCGGGGAAAGCCAGAGGAGCCCAGGUGUCUGUGGUGCCCUGUCAUCAGGUAGAAGAGGGGAGUGCCAGCUGCUUGGCAGGUCUGGAAGUGCAAAGGUAGGGAACCGUGGUGAGGUGUGUGACUCCCACCUGAACUGCCAGCAGGUCAGCCCCAGGCACGCUGUGGCCCCUUCACUAGAGAUUUUGCCCAUGGAUGCCAUGCCAGUAGACUGUGCCUCCAGGACUGUGUCAGAGACAGGGCCUCAGCCUGGCCCAGACGGAUCACUGCCAACUAAAGGGGGUCUUGGAAGCCAAGUUGGGGACUUGAACCAGGUCCCCUGUGGGACACAUGUGCACAUUGGCCAGAGAGAACUGGAGAGUGUGGUGGCUGCAGGGGGAGCCCUGGCAUUUGAAAUUCCCAAUGGGUGCCAGAUGUUGUCUCAGGGACAGGAGCAGAUUUUUAUUCAGACUUCUGAUGGGCUUAUCUUGUCCCAUCCAGGCACCAUAGUGUCUCAGGGGGAGGACAUUGUCAUAGUGACUGAUGCCAAUGGGCCUGCCCUGCAGAUCGGUCCACCAGAAGAGGGUCCUCUAGAGACUGUGGAGACGUUCCUCACUGUGGAGACAGAGCCCUCCCGGUGACAAGCUCAAUCCUGAAUUUGUGUGCAUUUUAUCCAGAGAAGGUCUACUUCAGACAGUGCGUAUUUUUCUAAUGUGAACAAUGACACAAAUGAGCCUUCUAUUUAUGAAGUAUGAUGUGUGUCUACCCUACUGUUUUUCUAUAGAAAUCAUAGUAAUGGCAGAUAUGUUACCUGGUAACAAAUUGCUUAUGUAUCUCUUAAGAGCUUUUGGUGUCAGUUAUAAGAUUGCUGCACUAUUACUUGAUUAUCAGCCCAGCUCCCCAUUUCCAAAAAGUGAUGUCCCCUUCUCUCUUCAUGCCUGCAAUGCCACUUCUUCACAAGACUUGGUCUAUACUAGAAGCUCCUCCUGGGUUCAGUUAGAAAAAUAACAAAGCUACCCACUCUGGGUAGCAUGCUAUUGAGAAGUGGAAAGGUCAUUUCCACCUGCAUUUUGUGGAGAGGAAGUGAGGCAUAAAUAAAUGGUAGGACAACUCACUGUGGUCUAUGGUAGCUGGGUCUCAGGUGGAACCCCCGUCCCACUUGAGAAGUCACUUCUUAGGGUCUCUUUUCUUUGGGACUUCUUCCCCUGGCUGUAUUAUAGGGCAUGAAGGGAAGGUGAUUUGUCCCCACUAGAUGAGAGUACACAAAGGGAACAGCUGGUGCACUGUCAGGAGAAACCCCAAGCAGAGAAGGUCAUGCUCAAGGACAGAUCUGGGCUCAUGGGCCUUUCCAGCGCCUGUUCUCUCAGACCUCAGAGUGGGGUUCCAGGGUUCUGUAGGAACAGGUAGGCAAGUUUCCUAGCAGGACAGGAGUGCCCAGCUGCUGAGCAAGACACAGCAGUCUAGGAGAGCCUGGCUAGUGGGGUAUUUGUAGCCAGGAUUCUAGCGCAGAGUCCCACACAGCACCAUGAGUUCCUCCGGGGAUCCUGCAGUUGUGGACAGAGCUUCUUCCCUGACAAUGGUUCCUAAUCCCCACUGAGCAACUGACACAGAAGCCAGGUGGGAUGUGACCUGGUCUGGGAAUGGCCCUGUUCAGUCUGCAUUUAUUGUCUGCUUAAAGGACAUUAUUGAAUGUUCCAACAUAUCUUAAUUUCACUAUCAUAUAUGAUAUACUAUAAAUGGAUGGUAAAUUUAACUGAUGUAAUAAAAAAUCUGCUGUACAGAUUUGAAAUCAGGAGACUGACAGCAAGCAGUGUACCCACCAUCAGGUGUGAACUCCUUGAAUGCCACUGUGUCAGACACAGGACUGACAGCAGUGAGCGGGCCUCAGGAGCCCUGUCUUAUCUAGAAGCCAGCCAAGUCUGCAGCUUUCCAAUAGAGACGGGUCUACAACACAGCAUCCACAUUAUAGCACUCUAAUGGAUAUGACCUUCUUAUGUACAAAAUGAACAAAUGGAAAUUUAUUUUUCUAAUAAAGUACUUUGUUUUGUA